AUGUACGUGAAUACAGAUAAAGAAAAAAAAUUACAGGAGCAUUUUGAGGCAGAAACGAUUGACAAUGAAGGUGCGUCAAGUCAAGCGUAUCCAUUAGUACUUUCUGAUGUCGAUCGGCCUCUGGCAGAGCAAUCAAAUAGAUUCAAAUCUGAAAGAGAUUUCUUAGUCAAUUUUGGAGCAUCAAAAUCUAUGGACUCUUUGUCUUCAAUUACAAAAGCCUUUGCCGCUUUAUGGAAUGAUGAGGAGAAUAUUAUGAAAAGAGUUAGGGGCAAUGAUGAUUUUGACUCAUAA